AUGGUCAUAUACGAGGUCAAGGCAAAAAAUCAGACUCUAACAAAGGCCGAGAAACGCGAGCUACUAGUUGUAUUUGACGACUUGAAGGCCGUGUUGGACGAUAGACCAAUUAUUGCUGAGGCAAUGGACAUUCUCAUUGCCGAUUCGGAGAUUAUCGCUUUCACAUUGACUUUCGGCAUUUUGCAAAUCACAUCGCAUAUAAGGUUAAUCUCCGCGUGA